UGGACUGGAAACAUCAUCUAUGUGUAUGUAUAUAUGUGUGUGCAUAUGCAUAUAUAUCCUUAAUUUAUUCCUCGAAUAGAUUGUUGACUCUUGGCUCAACCUUCCUCUCUUUCUAUUUCUACCUUUCUCUUUCCCCUUAUUCGUCUCUCUCCUGCUACGCUUCUCUUUUGGUCUUGGUAAGAUCUACAAAAACCAAAACCCUAGAAAAGAGAAGAACCAGAGGAGAAUCAAUUAGCGAAUAAAAUUGAUGGGAAGAGGGAAGAUUGUGAUCCAAAGGAUCGAUGAUUCUACGAGUAGACAAGUCACUUUCUCCAAACGAAGAAAGGGUCUUAUCAAGAAAGCCAAAGAGCUAGCUAUUCUCUGCGACGCUGAGGUCGGUUUAAUCAUCUUCUCUAGCACCGGAAAGCUCUAUGACUUUUCCAGCUCCAGUAUGAAGUCAGUUAUUGAUAGGUACAACAAGAGCAAGAUCGAACAACAACAACUAUUAAACCCGGCAUCAGAAGUCAAGUUUUGGCAGAGAGAAGCUGCAGUUCUAAGGCAAGAAUUGCAUGCUUUGCAAGAAAACCAUCGACAAAUUAUGGGGGAACAACUAAAUGGUUUGAGUGUCAACGAGCUAAACAAUCUUGAGAAUCAACUUGAGAUAAGUUUGCGUGGAGUUCGUAUGAAAAAGGAACAAAUGUUGACUCAUGAAAUCCAAGAACUAAGCCAAAAGAGGAACCUCAUUCAUCAGGAAAACCUAGAAUUAUCAAGAAAAGUACAAAGGAUUCAUCAAGAAAAUGUUGAGCUUUACAAGAAGGCUUAUACAACAAGCACAAACGGUUUUACGCACCGUGAACUAGUCGUCGCGGAUGAUGAAUCACACACUCAGAUUCGGCUGCAACUAAGCCAACCGGAACAUUCCGACUAUGAGACCCCACCAAGAGGAAGCGAAUAACAGCACUUGAUUGAAGUUCCAAGAUACCAUGAUGUUGAUGAAGAAAUCAAGCCAUGACAAGCAGCAUGUGUCUUCUCAUCAAUCUAAUUUUUUUUUUUUAUCAUUCUCUUGUGUAUUUGAAUUAUAUAAUUGAAGCAUAUAUAAUACAGAAGAAAUACAAGUAAAGUGGUGUUUAUUAUACUCAUCCUGAGUAUAUAUAUUAAUAUGUUGUCUUUUUUUUAUAACCAUAUAGAAUGGAA